AUGGUUCUUAUCGACAAGCAGAAAUACACCUCCCGCGAGGAACAGCGGCUCCAAGAGGACCGCGAUCGCGUCAAGUACUGGAAAAGAUGGGGUCCUUACGUCGCAGAGAGACAAUGGGCUACUGUCCGCGAGGAUUAUUCUGAAAAUGGCGAUGCUUGGAGCUACUUUCCCCACGACCAGGCCCGUUCGAGAGCGUAUCGAUGGGGUGAAGAUGGAAUCGCAGGCGUGUGCGACACACACAACCUACAGAAUAUCGCGUUUGCGUUUUGGAACGGGAAAGAUGGCUUCCUCAAAGAGCGACUCUUUGGUCUAUCGAAUCCGCAGGGAAAUCAUGGUGAGAGUGUGAAGGAAGCUCAUUUUCACGUUGACAACACGCCCACGCACUCGUACAUGAAAUUCCUCUACAAGUACCCUCAGAAGGAGUUCCCCUACCAAGAUCUGGUUGAUGAGAACGCCCGACGAGGAAAGCAGGACCGCGAAUAUCAGAUUAUCGAUACUGGCGUGUUUAAUGAGAACCGAUACUGGGAUAUUUUUAUUGAGACCGCCAAGGAGGAUGAUGACGAGGAUGAACUCUUGUUCCGCGUAAUUGCUUACAACAGAGGCCCCGAGCCGGCUCCUUUGCACAUUAUCCCGCAUGUGUGGUUUCGGAACACCUGGUCUUGGGGCUAUGAUAAGUCAGAGAAGCCCUCCAUCGAACAGAAUGGCCCACUCUCCAUCAAGACGAAACAUGAGAAGUUGGGCCAGCGGUACGUCCGCUUUGCUCCCUCGCCGGCCGUUGGCGAUAGCCAAGAAGACGUUGUACCUCAGAUGAUCUUUACCGAAAAUGACUCGAACAACGAGCUUCUGUGGGAGACCAAAAAUGAUCAGCCCUAUGUGAAAGAUGCUUUCCACCGUUACAUCGUGAACAAGGAGAAGGAUGCAGUCAACCCGGACCGUAAAGGCACAAAGUUCGCGGCUUGGUAUGCGUUCAACGAGGGUGAGGGAGUACCUCCUGGUGAAUGCGCAGUUGUCCGCUUCCGCCUGUCGCGCAAGGUUGAGCCUUUCGUGGAUGAGGAGGUGUUGGAUGAUAUUAUCGAACAGCGCAAGGCGGAAGCCGACGACUUCUACUACCACAUCAGUCCUCUUCCGAUGAGUGACGAUCUACGGAACAUCCAGCGACAGGCCUUUGCUGGCAUGAUGUGGACAAAGCAAUACUACCACUUCGUCUGGGAUCAAUGGGCGAACGGCGACCCUGGCCUCGUCGCGCCUCCUCCAGGGCGGAAACACGUUCGUAACCAACAAUGGAAGCAUCUACAUAUGGACGAUAUCCUGUCUAUGCCGGACUCAUGGGAGUAUCCGUUCUUCGCUGCUUGGGACACUGCCUUCCAUUGCAUUCCCUUGGCGAUGAUCGACCCAGAUUUCGCAAAGCGGCAGUUGGAUCUCCUCACACGCGAGUGGUACAUGCAUCCAAACGGCCAACUCGCUGCUUACGAAUGGAACUUCGGAGACGUUAACCCUCCGGUCCACGCAUGGGCCGUUUUCAGGGUCUUCAAGAUUGAGCGGAAAAUGUACGGUCGACAAGAUCUUGAUUUCCUCGAGAGAGCAAGAAUGUCUUUGAGGGUGGUUUCCUAG